CGUGGUGCCGCCGGGCGGCCGAUGCGACCGACGGCUCUCUAUGGUCAUCCGGCCCCCCCUCCCCUUCGCAGCCUCGCAACAAGCGCGCCUCCUAUUCGCUGGCGCGGAGUUAGGGCGACGCUGAUUGGCCCGCGAGGGGAAACGCCGCUUGUCGCGGUGCCUUGAGGCGGCUGAGGGGGGCUCCGCCGGUCGGCCGUUGAGGGGACGAGGGGCGAGGCCAAGCCCGGGCCGGCGGGGAGCAUGUCUGCGGCCGACGGAGAAGGCUGGGAUGGCAACGGGCAGCGCGGAGGUGGCAGCGGCGACGGGCCGGCCGCUCAGGACCCGUCCGGGGGGCUCCUCAACCGCUUCGUCCGUCUCCCGCCCGGCCCCGGACGCGUCGGCCACCGAGUGCCACCGGCCAGAAGCGGCCACCGCUGUGUGGCAGACAAUGCCAACCUGUAUGUGUUUGGAGGGUACAAUCCUGACUACGAUGAAUCUGGAGGGCCGGAGAAUGAAGAUUACCCGCUGUUCCGGGAACUCUGGCGAUACAACUUUGCUACUGGCACCUGGCAUCAGAUGGGCACCGAGGGCUACAUGCCUCGCGAGUUGGCAUCCAUGUCCCUUGUGCUGCAUGGCAAUAACCUCUUGGUCUUUGGCGGCACCGGGAUCCCCUUUGGGGAGAGCAACGGCAACGACGUUCAUGUCUGCAACGUGAGGUACAAGCGGUGGGCCCUCUUCAAUUGCCGAGGGAAGAAGCCGAACCGCAUCUACGGACAGGCUAUGGCCAUCAUUAACGGGUCCUUGUAUGUAUUUGGAGGAACGACUGGCUAUAUCUACAGCACAGACUUGCAUAAACUGGACCUCAACACCCGGGAAUGGACGCAGCUCAAGCCAAAUAGCCUCCACUGUGAUAUGCCAGAGGAAAGGUACAGGCACGAAAUUGCGCACGACGGGCAGAGAAUUUACAUCUUGGGAGGCGGGACCUCUUGGACGGCCUACUCCUUGGACAAGAUUCACGCCUACAAUCUGGAAACCAACACUUGGGAGGAAAUUGCCACGAAGCCCCAUAAGAAGAAAGAUUACCCUGCAGCCCGAAGAUGUCAUAGCUGCGUACAGAUAAAAAAUGAUGUCUUUGUCUGCGGCGGAUACAACGGAGAGGUGAUUUUAGGCGACAUCUGGAAACUCAGCCUGCAGACGUUUCAGUGGGUGAAGCUCCCUGCGGUGAUGCCCGAACCCGUUUAUUUCCACUGUGCUGCUGUGACUCCGGCCGGCUGCAUGUACGUCCAUGGAGGCGUGGUGGAUAUUCACCGGAACAGACGGACUGGCUCUCUCUUUAAGAUGUGGCUCGUGGUGCCCAGCUUGCUGGAACUCUGUUGGGAGAAGGUGCUGGUUUUUUUCCCUCACUUGGCCAACCUCAGCCGAUCGCAGCUUUUGCACCUGGGACUGACGCAGGGACUCAUCGAACGUUUGAAAUGAAAAACGUCCCGCAGGACGGCACGCUAAUUUAAACAAAUUUCUUCCCCCUCCCUCUCCCCUCUUGCCCAUUCUCAUUUCCUCUCUUAUUUAUGGUCCCGUGGAGAACGCCACGGAGGAGCAGGCCGAAAAAAAAAAUCCCAGCUUCUCCAGCCUUACUCGCCAAGAACUUCGGAUGCCUUUCCCGUUAUAUAUAUAUAUAUAUAAUUUUUUUCUAUUUUGAUUUGAGAAUUUAUUAAACUCUGUGCUUUUUUUUUUUUAAUUUAUGGAGAUCUAUAAAUACAUCAUGAACGAAAAAGCUGCUGUGGCUGAGAUAAUUUGUACAGGUAGUCCUCCACUUACAACCGUUCAUUUAGUGACCGUUGGAAGUUACAGCGGCCGUGGAAAAAGCGACUUAACGUCCGUUUUUCGCACCGUUGCAGCGUCCCCGCGGUCCCGUGAUCAAAAUUCAGACGCUCGGCAACUGGUUCCUAUUUAUGACGGUUACGGUGUCCCGUUGGGGUCCCUCUUUUGCGACGUUCUGACAAGCAAAGUCCCCGGGAAAGCCACAUUCACUUAACAACAUGGGACUCGCUGAACGGACCAUAGGCAAGAAAGCUGAUUAAAAUGGGGAAAACUCAUGGAUCGAAUAUCUCACUUAGCAGCAGAAAUUUUGGGCUCAAUUGUGGUCAUAAGUUGAAGACUACCUGUACUGGAUUUUUGUCACAUGCUUGUAGCGGCGUAAGGCGAGGACCUGGUCACCGCCUUCCAGUUUCAGGCCUCGAUUUCCCCUUCGGGAAGACAUAUCCUGCGUUCAACACACUACAAAACGGCCUUGGAAAUUGGGGAAACCCUGCACUAUUGUCAUUUUGUGUGUUCCUUUUACAGUGGGUGACAAGGGAUUGCCCCUUGUGACUGUGUGAAAGGGACCCCAUGUUCUGUCCCAACCACAACUAAGCAGACACGCGAGCUGACUAUAUCUGCCAGCAAUUUACUCUGACGACAGAUAUCAGUUCUGACAACGAACCUGCGGUGGCCUGCCAAGUUCUCUUAUCUCCUCAGACCAGCGUAACUGCAGUUCAGAAAUAAACAGAAGCCAAAGUCUUAGUCUCAAAAUAUUGUAGCCAAAGUUUCCAAGAGUCAGUUUUUGUCCGUCACAAGAAGCUAUAGAGCAGCUCCUCCUGCUUUUAUACCCUGUGGGGUGUGGCUCCGUGACUCAGCACUCUCUAGGCCUGCCCCAUCCCUUAUUUUGUUGUUCCCGCCUCUCCUUUCUGCGAUGCCUGGGAUCUAACCAGGACUGAUUGUCAGCAGCUGGGUCUUGAGGCGUUGCCUGGGAGGGGGAAGGUGCGGGAGAAAGAGGCCUCAUCAUCUCCUCCACCUGGCCUGCCUCUAGGACCUGGAGCGGAGCCAGAGAGGAAGGUCCUCCAGAGGGAAGAAGCCCUGUCGGCUCUUCCCCCUCACUCUGCGUCACUCUCUGCCAGGAGGCCCGGCUCAACACCCUCCGUUGUCCUUUUGCUACAAAGAUCCUUGCUAAGUUGCCAUUCCUAUCGACCUCCCCCACUACAAAAAUGACUGAAAUAUAAAAUAUAGAAUAUAUCUCAAAAAAUAAGAUACAGGUAGACCUCGACUUACAACAGUUCCGUUUAGUGCAGGGGGCUCCAAUCUUGGUCACUUUAAGACUUGUGGACUUCAACUCCCAGAGUUCCUCAGCCAGCAAAUUCCUCAGAAUUCCCAGAAUUCCUCAGCCAGCAAAGCAAAGCUGGCUGAGGAAUUCUGGGAGUUGAAGUCCACAAGUCUUAAAGUGACCAAGGCUGGAGACCCCUGGUUUAGUGACAACUCAAAGUGACGACACUGAAAAAGGGGACUUAGGAUCGUUAUUCACGCUUACAGCCAUUGCAACAAUCCCCACGGUGACGCGAUCAAAAUUCAGAUGACGGGCAACGGACUCGCAUUUAUGACGGGUCGCGGCAUCUGCAGGGUCACGCCAUUCCCUUUUGCGAAAGUCCACGGAAAGCCCGAUUCACUUAACAACUGUGUGAAUAACUUUAACCACCGCAGCGAGUCACUUAACAGCUGUGGCAAGAAAACUCGUAAAAAUGGGGCAAAGCCCACUUAACUCUGCCUCGCUCAGCAACAAAUUUUGGCCUCGCUGGUGGUUGUAAUUCGAGGACUACCUGUAUUAAAAAGAAAAAUCGUGAAGAUAAUGCAACUUUUCCCCCCUCCUGUUGCAGGUGUGUGUGCGUGUGUAAAUGGGGGUAGGACCCCAUACUCCAUACUGCAGCUGCGUCGGCAAUGAAUUUUCUUUCUCUACCGACCAACUGGCUGCCUUUGAAGUUCUGGCUUUCGGUCCAUUUUUUUUUGAAAUAAAAUUUUGAAAUGCUGGGUGGGGGGGUUCCCAAAAAAGGCCGUGUCAUAGCUGGUGUGUCUCAAAUCAAAAAUCCCCCCUAUAGGGAGUCCUCGACUUAUCACCACAAUGGAGCCCAGAAUUUCUGUUGCUAAGUGAGAAAUUGUUACGUGAGUUGCGUUACGACUUUUCCCACCACAUUGUUCAAUUAGCAGCACGGUCAUUAAGUGAAUCUGGUUUUCCCCCUUGACAGUUUGUCAGAAGAUCGCAAAAGGGGAUCAGGUGACCCCGGGACAUUGCGAUCGUCAUAAAUAUUAUUUAUUA